ACGAUGGAUCCAUCUGAACUCUGCUUUCCAGAAGCUUUCAACUCCUCCUGUAAAAAGAAAGUGUCUCUUCACUCAGUAAAUACUUUGAUUUACUUUGGCUUGUCCUUCAUGUCUCUGGUUACUACUGCUCUUAACCUUUUGGUCAUCAUCUCCAUUUCACAUUUCAGGAAACUCCAUUCCCCCACCUACUUCUUACUGCUCUCUCUGGCUGUCUCAGAUUUUCUCGUAGGCCUUUUCAUGUUUUUUCAGAUCAUUUUUAUAAAUGGCUGCUGGUUUCUUGGUGACCUCCUGUGUGUUCUGUACUAUGUAGUAAGUGGAGUUUUAAUCUCUGCAUCAGUAGGCACCAUGGUGCUCAUUUCACUUGACCGUUAUUUGGCCAUCUGUGAUCCUCUACGCUAUUCUACAAAGGUUACCACAAAAAGAGUUCAAAUUUGUAUUUCUCUGUGCUGGAUCUGUUCUGUGGUCUAUAUCCUGAUUCUGGUAAGGGACAAUUUUCAACAACCAGGAACAUUUAAUUCAUGCUCUGGAGAGUGUGUGGUUGAAAUUGGCUUCAUUGAAAAUAUCACAGAUCUUAUUUUGACCUUUAUUAUUUCCAUCACUGUUAUAAUGGUACUAUAUGGAAGAGUGUUUGUGGUUGCUCUGUCUCAGGUUCAGGCCAUGCGCUCUAAUAUUAUUGCUAUUAAACAAAAACAGUCUAAGAAGAUAAAUGUGAAGAAAUCUGAGCUAAAGGCAGCUGGUAUUCUCGGGGUUGUUGUAGUUUCAUUUAUUUUCUGUAUCUGCCCAUAUUUUUGUGUCACACUAAUUGGUAAAAGUUCACUAUUGAACACUUCUACCAUGACCUUUCUUCUAUGUCUGUUUUCUUUUAACUCCUGUCUGAACCCUCUGAUUUAUGCCUUAUUUUAUCCCUGGUUUAGAAAAGCUAUGAAAAUUAUAUUCACAUUUCAAGUGCUAAGGUCCGGCUCUUCUGGUGCCAACAUACUUUAAUAACAUGAGGAGCAUCCUGGAUGAGUUAUUCUUGGUCACCACAUGUAAUUUUGCACAUAAUUAAGUAAAUGACAAACAUAUAACAGAUUAGUGUGAAUGAUUUAUCAUAAACCUUCUCUUUUUUUACAACUGAACUUAAAACUCCAUGCAGUGAAUCUGUGUUAAUGGUAAAUAAGCAGAAAGUAGUCUUACUGCAUUUUAGAAGACCAUCAUAAUAAGGUAAUUUAUAGUAUUUUAUAGAUGUAGAUAAGUUCAAAGAGGUAAUAAAGCCAACAGCUGCAGGAUGUUCUGCUUAUCUCCACCCCAGACUGAAGGACACCAAUCCUGGGUUUGAGGCCUGGUCGCCCC